UUAUAUCUUGAGUUACGAUUCGCGUUUGUUUUACUAGAAAAAACGCUUUUUCCUACGUUAAUUUACUAAUAGAUUUGUAUCUAAGUGCCGUUCCAACGACGAAUGAACACGGAAAAACAGAAAUAAAACCUAUUUAGUGAUUAACAUCGGAGUGAUUCGCAUCGGCCGGAGGACUUUGCUAUUUUAGUUCUGUAGCCCCAAUUUUGCCGUAUAAAUAUUGUUUUUAGUGUCGAAAUCGAGCUGCAGACGGUUUUUUUUCUUCCUUUUUUAUAUCCAAACACGUUACUUGAAAUUCAGCGGUGCGUAAAGUGAUUGGCCAAAGAUUCUAUUGCAAAUUUUAGCUUUCGAAAACCUAUUUACAAGCAAACGUUCGGUGCCAAUUCAAGUACAAAAACGGUUUUUGUGUCCUAAAUGCAGUGCCAAGUGGACUUGUGAUUUAAAACUUAGUGCAAUAAAGACAGUUGGACAAAACCAGGCUCUAUAAAAUACCCAAUUAAAAAUAAUAAUUUAUAAUACUACUGGCUGUGCUGUGCGUCGCCUUUUGCUUAUAAUAAAAACAAUAAAUAUUUGAAAUUGGAACUGUGUCAAUAUUUUUAUACUCACCAAAAGUGGACAAAGGCAAGUGAAUAUACAGACGUGGAAUAAAUAAAUUUCGGACUAAAUGGAAUGUUUCAGAGUGAAACUAGAAUUUUGUGAGGGAAGAAAAUGAGGAGAGUCUUCGGAGUGUGCUCCGAUAGCUGGAUGCUUUGUGGACAGAAUGUGAGCCUGUAGCCGCUCUAUAUGUUGUCUGGUUCGCCACGUGGGUCCGUGAUGUCGUGCCAGUCGCUGGCUGCGCGUGCGUUCGCCGAGCCCACCACAGCCCAGCACCCCGCACAUAGAUCGGUACGAUUCAGUUCAGAGUCGCGCAGCUCCACCAGAGAGAAGAAUAAUGAAGCGGAAACACAGAAGGAAACACCAGGGUCUAUAUCGCUGACAGCGUUGUCGGUAACGCCACAGUCACAGAACAUGUCCUCCUCAUCAAACUUCACCUUCGAUCUGCAACAGACGCCUGCUCCAGUAGCGGCGUCAUGCCGGUUCCCCAAGCUGGAGGAGUGCGCUCACUUCCACUACGAGCGCGUGUCGCUCGGAGGACUGAGCAUUGAGACCAUACCGGUGCCCAGCGAGGAGAUGAGCGCAGACUGGACACACCACGAAGGAUGGAUAUGCCUAAAGGUGCGGUCACACGUGAACUCGUCGUGCGAUGAGUCUGUCGACGCGCGCACGCUGACCUGCAGCUGGACGGAGGCGAGUGACGUCAGAGAGUGGACUCUCACCAGGAACAGGGACAACUUGCUGCAACUCGACGAUAUGCUGCACAGAUGCAUAUACGACAGAAAAGUGUCCGGUCUUCCCAACUUGACGGAAGAAGUGCGCCGCUUGCCCAGCCAGGGUGACGAGUACCAGCAGCUGAUAUCUGACUACGUGCACCACUUGUCCAUCAUCGCUGACGACUCCAUCAACUGCGGGCCGGUGUUGAACUGGCUGCAAAUGGACAAUAAAGGGCACAAACUUCUGGUGGCCAACGAGGACUCCAGCUCGAUCAACACGCCAGCAGUGGCUGCGGCGUACUCCGUCAGGAAAUACGUGUCGCAAGCACGGGACGAGAUCAGCUUCGAAGUGGGGGACAUGAUCUCCAUCAUAGAUAUGCCUGGGCCCAACGAGUCCCUCUGGUGGCGCGGCAAGCGUGGGUUCCGAGUGGGGUUCUUCCCCCACCACUGCGUCGCUGUCAUAGGAGACAAGGUGCCCAGGCACAUGACACAGCCACCGCCGAUAGUCGGCUCAGUGGCAGUAGCUCCAAUCAAGCCGGUUCUCCGCAAGCACGGCAAGCUGAUAUCCCUGUUCCGCAGCUUCAUCCUGUCUCGACCUUCGCGGCGGAGCCUUAAGCAGCAGGGGAUCCUGAAGGAGCGAGUGUUCGGCUGCGACCUGGGAGAGCACCUGCUCAACUGCGGCCAUGACGUUCCUCUGGUGCUGGUGGAAUGCGCGAGCUGCAUCGAGGCCCGCGGCGCCGUGGACGGCGUGUACCGGCUGUCGGGCGGGUCGGGGCUGACGCAGCGGCUGCGCGCCGCCUUCGACGCGGGCGCCGCCCCCGACCUCGCCGCGCCGCCUGUGGCGCGGGACCCGCACGCCGUCGCUAGCUUGCUCAAGAUGUACUUCAGAGAGCUGCCCAACCCGCUGUGCACGUACCAGCUGUACGAGAGCUUCGUGUCGGCCGUGCAGGCGCCCGACGAGGCGGCGCGGCUGCGGGCCGUGAGGGACACCGUUGUCAAGCUGCCGCCGCCGCACUACAGAACCCUGGCGUACCUGAUGCGGCACCUGCGGCGGGUGUCGCUGCUGGGGUCAGUGACCGGCAUGACCGCCAGGAACAUGGCCAUAGUGUGGGCACCCAACUUGCUACGCUCACCAAGACCGCAACACGCCUUGCAGGGAGUAGCCGUACAGGCGGUGGUGACAGAGUUCCUCAUCUGUUUCGCUGAAGAGUUGUUUGCGCAGGAGCAGGGCGCGGACUCUGGACCGGAUUCACUCGAACAGCAGGAGGAGGCUGCGUGUGUGGAGGGCGGCGUGGAGACGCGCGGCCGAGACUCGUGCCGCCGCCCCAAGAGCCUGCCGCUACACCCGCCCACCAAGCUGCUCAGCCUGGAGGAGGCCCGCCGGCGCGGCAAGCCGGAGUCGUGCGUGAGCCCGCGCCUGCCGCCGCCCUCGGGCGCCAUCGCGGCCGCCGCCGGCACGCAGCUGCGGCCGCAGGGGGACCUCAAGCCCAAGUACAUCGAGGUCGGCUCUGGACCCAACAACCUGCCCCAAUACCACACUGUGUUGGACCUGCCCGGACCUGGUACAAAGCGUGGUCUGAAGCGCUCGCCCCUGGGCUGGCGCGGGCUGUUCUCUCGCAACAAGCUGCAGCGAGCGCCGCCCGCCACGCCGCCACCCAUUGAGCUUCAAGACACGCCAAUGCCGGCGCUGCGGCCGGUGAAGUCGUGCGAGUCCAUAGCCUCGGACACUGACACCCUGGCGCCGUUAGCUGAACAUAGCGCCGCGCCGCUGAAACACCAUACUAGAUCGUCAUCCUGCGACUCGUACUUCGAGCCGUGGCAGGCGGAGCUGGCCGACAUGCGCCUGCGCCUGUCGCCGCAGGAGCGAGACAGACACAUGUUCAGCGAGGAGGACGACACCGCUCUACACGCUGUACCACAGGGGGAUUCUCUCUGCUCGACCCCUCCGGAGUCGGGUCUGUGCAGCGCGGAGCCCAGCCCACGACGCAACCUUAGAGUAGACAUCGAGGCUGCUAACGAACUGGCUGACAAGCAACGCACAGCCCUGGAGGAACAGCUGGCUUCAAUCAGCUACAUAGACGGCGAGUCCCCGCGCUCGAGGCCCGCCCACGCUGAGAAGCGACACUCUGCCCGCCCCGCUUCGCCGCCUAGCAGCGAUGUCGCUAAACGCCUAUGCAAAGACCGGGACAGUCCCCUGUCAUCUACUACGGACUUCCAGAACUCCGCUGGGACAGUGAAGAUGAGAGAACGAAACUCGCCGCGUAAAGCGAAAAGCUCACGUUACAGCGGUAUGUACGCGAUAAACAACUCUAACGAAAACGUCACAGUGUCGAGAUUGUCUUGGCACGGGCGCGACGGGCAUUCCACAUUAAUAAAAAUCGAUUGGCCCAUUGAAAACACGUCGAUAAGUAACCUUACGAGUACUAACAGCACUAUGAACACUCCAGUGACACCUGCCACACCGAAUUACGAGACUCUCGAAAGCGACUCCGAAGUCAGUGAUAGCAACAAACACACGAUAAAAAUAAGCAACUGUGACAAUUGCAACGAAGAGAAAUGUCUCAAAUGCGAACUCAAAGCGGCCGAUUACGAGAACGUUAAAUUCAAGGACAGUCUCGAAAUGCUACAUAAUAGUCCACAUUCGAGUGACAUCAGUUAUCAGAACCUUAACAGACUGUCAGCUGUGUCGACGUCAUCAAACUCAGAGUCUGACAAGAAGAAUGACGCGUUGAAAACCAUGACGUCGUCACAUGAAAGCUCUUCGAGUUUCUCGAACCCAAGCAAGAAUGAUGACCUCUACGAAUGCUACAACUUCCGACCGAAUUACAUUAACUUACAGUCUUCGUCUACCAGCAAAAGUUCGCCCGGUAGCCCUUUGAAAAGUCCGUUAAAGUCUACUAUAAGUAUUACGUUUCGAUCGCCGACUAAAUCCAAAGAUUACGAGAAUGUCGAAACGCCCACUAAUGACAGAGAUUCAAUUUACGAAGAUGUUAUAUUAGAUAGGAAUCUUUCCAUUGUAGAAGAGGCGACCGUGCCUGAAACUGAUGCGUCUUUACCAACACCCGCCUGCCAGCCAAGUUACAACCAAGACCUGAUCAUCCUCGAGACACCAACACAAACUGACAUUGAAGAAAACGUCGACGUCUACAGCCAAGUCAAAUUCUUCAAGAAAAGUAUAGAAGAAGUUAAUGCUAUGAUUCUAGAGUCGCCUGUCAAAGAACGGCAUUACGAAAAUGUAGGUUUCGGCCCCGAGUUUGACGCCAACGUUGAAACAUUAAAGAUUUGCGAGAAAGACGUAACCGUUGAUAAUGACGAACUCCAGAGUCAUGACAACGGGAAUAUCGUUGAAAGUAAAAACUUAAAAGUGAGAGAAUUAGCUAAUAGAUUCGAAAGCCCCACCGAGCAGAAAGGGCCGUUUCUGUUUGAGAAGUUCAAAGCCGAGAUUAAAUAUCCCAGUUUAGAAAGGAAAGAAGAUAGUAGAAGGAACAAAGAGAAAGAGUCCAAACCACCGGUGUCGCCGAAAACGUACAAAUUGUCCAAGAAUUCAAGUAACGCGCGGUCGCUAGACGAAAACGCCUUCGUGAAAGAAUUCGGUGGCGACUCGGACAGACGAAAGAGUCUAGAAGUAAGAGAUGCGAAGACGAAGAAAUUCCUGCCCGAUCUAAACCUAAACAUGGCGGAGGAACACAAAGAAGAGAAAGUGGAAAGCAUAACUCCUACGACGGAGAACAAAAUCUCGUUAAUACAAAGAUUUGACACUAAGAAACCUGAUAUAAAGAACAUAAUAAGCUUCGACACCGAGAAGAAACUAAGCAGGGAGAGAAUAGAGAAAUACAAAGAAGAACGCAGGAACUUUCUAAGAGAGAAGUACAGCUCCCAAUCAUUCAGAAGCAACCCAGAACAGUUGACCAGAAUAAAGAUAAAGAAAGAACAAGAAGAUAAAAUUGACUGCGAAAGAUUAAAAGACGAACCGAAGUUUGAGAGGAGAAACACGGUUGAUUUGGGCCAAAGAAUGCGGUUUUCGCUAGCGAAAAGCGCUAAUAAUUUAGACGCGAUACCUUCCCCGACUAGUCCGACAAGGGAGAGGGGAAGAGAAGAGAACUGUAAGAGAGAGAGUGAUCGGAGGGAGUUUGACAGGAAAGAGAAGGUGUCACCUUCGUACAACAUCCGGGACAUGACAGCCCUCUUCGAACAGAAGUCCCUCAACAGCGGAUGAACCGUUGGUAAUAUAGUAACUAGUACAGGCACGAGCAAUAUCAUGUACCCACUUUAGGACUUUGUCGCACUAACAUAUUUGACAUUUAGUGAGACUUACCGUUCAAUUUGACAAAAAAGUUAAUGUGACGUGGUACCAAAGUGUAUACAUAUUAAUGCUCGUGACCGUACAGUCAUGAGCAAUAUCAUGUACCCACUUUAGAACCCUGUCACACUCAUGGUAUCGAAGCAAUAUUGCAAUUUGACAUUUGCGCAUACAAAAGUAAGUGCGCAAUGCAAACAAAUGUCAAAUAGCAAUAUUGCUUUCUUAGAUGAAUUGCUUCUAUGUGGCCAUAUCAACCCCCCUGGUAUGCUCAAUCCUAUGACAAGCCGCCAUUGCUAGCCCAUUGAUGACGUAAGUGUUACCAUCAAAUUGGUAUCUCCAACAUUCCAAGGACGUUAUAAUUGAAAAUUAAUCGAAUUACUGACUAAUGUAUUUAAUUACUAUUACUACUUGUCACAUAUAUAAAAGUCAUUAAAACUGAAAGUAAAUCUUUUACUAAAAGAUCAAAAUUUCCUUGAAAAGUAAAUAUGAAAUCAUUGGUCGUGGGUAAUUUAUUUUUUACGAAAUGGCAACUCAAGGUGGGAUGACGUCAGCUGAGAUAACCUUGAAAUGUUAGCUGUCAAUUUUGAGCAUACUUGUAAGCUCUGCACGGUAAACGCGCCGCGCGCAAUUACAUCGAGGCCUUCCACCAAUAGCCGUUUGACGUCAAUCUACGUAGAUAGCAUUCGUAUCGUUUAUUGGUCGACAUAACUCGCGCUCAAUAUAAUUCGCGCCGCGCGUGGUUGUCAUGCAGACCCGGAUGGUAUUCUUAUACCAUGGUUGCACUAUCAUAUUUGACAUUUAAUGAGACUUACGGUUUGAUUUGUCAAGAAAGUUAAUGUGACAUGGUAUCGAAGUGUAAACAUAAUAUAUUAUUGCUCGUGACCGUACAGUUUGGCGGGUAUUGUGAGCUGAUAAUGUUACUUAGGUUUGUGGCUGGAUGGUUUCCUAGCCACGCUACUAACAGUGUUGCCUGACAAUCGACUGAAUAUCGAUUAAUAAUCGAUUAUUUUCUAAGCACCUAAAUAAUCUAAAUAUCGGUAUUGCCUAUCGAUAGCAUCGAUAUUGAAAAUUGUAUAAUGUUAUCGUUUAUAAUCGAUUUUUGCAAUUUAAUCGAUUAUAUCUAACAAUAUUAUUAUAUUAAAAUCGAUAUAAUUUUAGAAUUUCCAAUAUCGAUACUAUUAUUGAUGGGCAUAUCGAUAUUUAGGGGUAAAUAAUCGAUAAUUCGGCAAUGCUACUACCAAACUGUGGCUAGCGGGAUGAUGUGGCUAGCGGGAUGAAGAACAGAGCGUAGUACCCCGCCAGCCACAAGUUAGUAGUGUGACUAGGUAUUUUGGAAGUUGUAUAUAUGCGUCGCACUGUGUAAACUUCGAUAGCGCGUUUCAGGACCGCAUUGCUAGCGCCAUCUGUUGGUUAUGGGCGGAAUUAGCUCGUCAACUAGUUGGAGCCCGCCACAGGGUAACCUAAUCUCGGUGGCACAACCGUGGUGGCGCGACUGUAGUGGCUCUACCGUAGUGGCGCGACCGUAAUGACGCGACUCGGUGGCGCAACCGUGGUGGCGCAACCGUGGUGGCGCGACUGUAGUGGUGCUACUUGGUGGCUGGACCCAUGUGGCGUGACGGUGGUGACGCAACUUUACUGGCGCGAUUUGGUGGAGCGACCGUGGUGGCGCAACUUUAGUGGAGCGUGGAGGUACCAUGGUGUCCUAGUAAUAUAUGGCCCUAACAGCUCACAAUACCUCCAAACUUACGUAGCUAUAUUAACUGUUAUUUGUAUAUUAUAAAGAACUAACUUAACUCCAUUGUAACCAGCAGUUUGGAUAAUUAUGUUAU